AGUGUAUAAUUUUGGCAACAAUAUAUUUCUUUUUAUUCCUUGAAAAAUCUCAACAAAUCAAAACAAACGAGUGAUUGGUAGCAAAAACCUUCAACAUUUAGAACAAUGAGUUGCAUUGUGCUAUCUAAAAAAAUAAAACAAAGUAUAUUCUUUUUUAUUGUUUGAAGUUUGUGGUACCCUACUUGUGGGUCUAUGGGGCGUCCCCAGAGUAAAUUACCUCACGAACUCUCCUCCUCUUAAUUACGAACCACUUUACAAUAGAUUUAGGAAAGGGAAAAUGAGUGCUUUCCCUGGCCUAAUAAAAGGGCAAACUGUCGGGAAGAAGCUUCUUCUCUGAGGACGGCAAUCCAGAAUCUCGAUUCCUUCGCGAAGAGACUCGGCAAGAGCCCCUAGGGGUGGUUGUUGUAAGCAGGCUUUAGUGGAACUGUUCGUCCAGAAUAGGGAAUUGCAUUCGUAUUCGUAACGAGGAUAUGGGAUCCGAAGGGCCUAAGGCUGUUAAAAUUCAUGUAACUGGAUUCAAGAAAUUUCAAGGAGUUGCUGAGAAUCCUACUGAGACUAUUGUUAGUAAUUUGAAAGGUUUUGUUGAAAGGAGAGGAUUGCCUGCCGAUGUUACUCUUGGGAGCUGUACAGUUCUGGAAACAGCCGGAGAUGGUGCACUUCCCAUGCUUUGCAAGGUCAUUGAAGCGGGAUUCACAAAAACAGAUGCUUCGGGCGGUGAACAAGUUGUUUGGCUUCAUUUUGGGGUGAACAGUGGGGCACAAAAAUUUGCCAUUGAACGGAAAGCAGUAAAUGAAGCGACUUUCUGUUGCCCUGAUGAGUUUGGAUGGCAACCUCAGCAACUCCCAAUUGUUCUUGAGGAUGGAGGAACUUCUCGAACAAGAGAGACUUCUUGCUCCGUUGAGGCAAUCUUAAAGUUCUUGAAGAAGAAAGGCUAUGACGUGACAACAUCUGAUGAUGCGGGACGUUUUGUCUGCAAUUACGUCUACUAUCACUCUCUUCGGUACGCAGAACAGAAGGGUCAUAAAUCCCUGUUUGUCCAUGUUCCUCUGUUUUCCAGGGUUGAUGAAGAAACUCAGAUGCAGUUUGCAGCCUCUCUUUUGGAGGCCAUUGCAUCUGCAUGUUGAUAUUACACUAUUGAACUCUAUACCGAAAUCUAAAUAUAUCCAUGCUUGAUUGUUGUCAUGUUUGUCUUCUGUUGCCACGGGUAAAUUACUUAUAAAAACAAAUAAAUCUUCCGAACAAGGAUAAUUACUGCUGCUGCUGUAAAAUAGAAUUCAACUGUAUCGUUUGAUUGUGCGAAGUUAAUAAAUAAACGAAGCCAAUUUCCCAA